CUGACACCGUUUGGGCCACUCCCACUCCCGCGCCUAAGAAGUGAAAUACGGGAGCGAAACUGAAGGACAGAAGAAAAGGUCUCACAACUGGAGCCUCCAGGACACCUUUAGCCCACAAAAGCCCCCACUUCUGCUAAAACUAAGGUCUGCUGGGUAAUGGCUGUUCACGGGGUUUUUCUCUCCCUUGCCCUCUGUCUCCUGCCGGGGCAUCAGACAUUGGCUAAAAACGAGGCUCCCUGCCAGCUCUCCAAAUGGAACAAUGGCUUCAACGUCUUCAUGAAACGCCACAUUAGCUCCAAGACUCCCACCUCUCUCGACAAAAAUGAAUGGGAAAGGUACAUCCGGAAUAACGGCGGCUGCAACAGACCCACGCAGUCUUUCCUUCACCCGAACGACCUGGAGAGCGUGAAGGCCGUGUGCACGGGCGCAGGUGGGAAGACGUACAAGGAGAACUUGUGCAUCAGCCAGAAGCCUUUCUCUUUUGUCACGGUGAGGAGUGAGCAGGGGACGUGCGGCAUCAGGAGCGUCCGGGAGGAAACUAAACACCUGAUCCUGGCCUGUGAAGUGCUGGACAAUCGGUGCCUGCCUGUCCACUUCGAGGGAAAUCCCGAAAAUCUCAAGCCUGAUAACAAUGCCAGAGGCUGCCAGGACCCACAGAUGAGAGGCCAUGCUCCCAGCUUUAAAACGACAUGGCCCCAGUUCUUAUUUUUUCUUAUUAUUAUUUACUAUGUCCUUUAACUUUUUUUUUUAAAUUUGAGGAGGUAGAUAGGACGUUGAAGUUUUCAUCAGGGGACGUUUUGCUCCUUGGAAUCUUCUCCUGAACACAUCUGAGAAAAAACCUUUUUAAAGUCCUGAAAUUUUAUUCAAAAAGUUUAUGGUUUCCAAACAUUAUUAAAUCACAGUCACAUUACCAAUAAAUAAACCACUUCUUUUUUUUUUUGGGGACAAAAUUUUAAAAUAACUUUACUCCUAUUUCUGUGUGCUUAUGCCUUAGCCUCUGUCGGUUACAUUUCAGUAGUUUUGCAUCUAUCCUUAAGAGAUAAUGAGAGGGUCGGUGCUCUAAUGGCAUUUCAUGUAAAGUUACAGUUUUGGCAUUGAUGGUACAGAUGCGGUUAUUUACUGUGUUGUGCGUAUUUUUUUACAUUAAAAGGGCAAAAACAUAAUUGUCAUACAAAAGGGAUUUCAUUUACUAAAUCUAUGGUGUGAUGUAAUAAACUGUGUUCAGACCAACAUACAAUCUA